AAAAAAAAAAAGGCAGCCAAAAAUAUGUAAACUGGAAAAGGCAGCCAAACGGUUUAAUCAGACAUUGAUCAAUUACAACAAGCCACAACACUGGUUAUAAUUGAAUCACUUGCUUAUAUAGAUUGAGAUGCCACCUCAGGUAACACUGCCUCCAACCAAUGCAUCGAUACUAAGUGAUUCAACUGCCAGUAACAAUGCCAACUCGUCAUCCAUACCUAUAGAAACAGAUACUUCUGGAUUAAACCUUGAUGAAUUCAAUCAUAUAACAGUUGAAAAUCUAUUCAGUAUCUUAUCUAAGAUCUAUUCCACUAACAAUUUAUUAAUCCUUGAUCAAAAUUUAUCCCCCUUCAUUAAUAAUUUAACUACAUUCAGUAAAUUGAAACAACAUGGGAAUUUUGAAAAUAUAAUAUGGUUGAAUCAACAACAACAAUAUCAAGAUCUAUCCAUCUUUCAAAAGUUUCAAAGUUUAAUUAUCAUCAUUGAUGAAAAUCAUGAGAAUUUGGAAUUGGUAAAACAAUUAUUAUUCACAAAGUUGGGGAUAUUGAAUUCAAUAACUGGUUUAAAGAUCAAUCUUAUCGUUAAAGAUUUAUCAAAUUCAUUUGUAUAUGAAUUGAAUAAACUAUGCAAUGGAUCACAUACCUUCGAAGGUAUACUUAAAUUGAAUGAAAUCAAAACUAUAAAUAUCAUACCUCGAGUUAAAGUUUGGAAUUGGGAAACUUUGCCUAUAUUUCUCGAAGAUAUUUUAGUGAUUGAUAUCGAUAGUCAAUUUGGUGGAGUAGAUGAUUAUUUCAAUCAGCCUUUGAAGCAAGUCAAUUCCUUAGCUAAUGUAUUAAUGCAACUUUUAUUUAUUAAAAAUGAUGAGAAUAAGGUUAAUUAUAAGAAUUUAUUAAAAUUGAAAAAUAUCUAUGGAAAGGGUAAUCAUUCCGAUUUAUUUAUAAAGUUAAUCAAUGAGACUAAGAUUCCUGAAUUUUUAAAUUUGAAUUUAAAUGAUUUAGAAAUCGAGUUUUACAAUACGAAAUUAAUCAGUAAUACCGAUUUAGUGGUGAUUGAAAGAAAUUUAGAUUAUUAUUCGGUCUUAUUGGAUCAAGUGAAUUAUCAUGGAUUGAUUGAUAAUUUACUUGAUAUCAAUUUUAAUAAAAUCCAAGGUCAAUUAGAUGACGACCUAGCAUCCAAUAAGAGUUUAAUUAAUGAUGAAUUAUAUUCAAAUACGUUAAAGAAUCUAAAUUUCUCCACAUUAGGUCCUAUAUUGAAUAAACUAGCUAAGGAAAUCCAACAACAAUUUAAACAAAAUCAAACUGAAUCGCAAAAUAUUCAAGAUAUGAAGAAUAUUGUUAGUAAAUUAGGAUCUUUAACUCAAAGACAAGAUUUAAUUAAGAAACAUACUAAUAUAAGUGAAUCAAUCAUUAAUAAAUUGAUUAAUUUUGAAACGUUUUUACAAUUUCAAAAUGAAUUCUUUGAUAUUGAAUAUAAUUUACAAAUAUCGAAAUUAAAAUAUUUCUUAAAUUUAAAUUUCAAUUAUGAAAUCAUUCUUAGUAUAAUGGUAUUAAUUUCAAUUAAGAAUGAUGGUAUAAAGGAAAAAGAUUUUGAAUUAAUAAAUCAACAAAUUCAAAUCAAUUAUGGAUUAAAAGUUUCAUUAUCACUUGAGAAAUUAGUUGAAUUUAAAUUAAUUCGAUUAAUAAUUGAUCAAAGUUCUACUUUCCUUAGUGUAAUUGGAUUAUCAACCACAUCAUCCACUACAAACCAACAUAUUUUAGUUAAUAACAAUGAUGAGAAUUUAAAUCAAUUAGGUAUAACAGGAGCUCAAGAUGUUUAUAAGAAUAAUUUCACAUUAAUUGAUAAGUUUUGGAAUUUACAUCCUAAUAGAGAAGAUGAAGAAGAUAUUAAUAUUAAUUUACAAAAAUUGGAGGUGGAUAAUAUAUCAUUAAUUGAUAUAUAUCCUCAUCCUUCAUUUACAUUACCUUCAAAUAUGGUUCCUUUAACAUAUCGAUUAAUUGAAUCAUUAUAUUUUCGUGAUUUUUUAGUUUAUAAACCAAUUAAUAAUGUUAAGAAAAGACCCAAUUGGGAUAACUUAGGAGUUGGAAGUAUGUUUAAAGGUAAAGUAAAUGAUAUUAAUGUCGAUGAUAAACUGGAUAAAAGAGAUACAACUACCAAUGGUAAUGGGGUACGAAACUUACAAAGUGAAGUAAAUACUCCAGCAUCGACUCCACCACCAUUUCAACAAAAAGCUACUACAACUACUUCCACUACUACCAAUUCCAGCCUUUCACCACGGAAACCAUUAGAAUAUAUAGUGAUUGUAUUCAUUGGAGGUAUAACUAGAAGUGAGAUGACAUGUUUGAAAUAUUUGCAACAAAAGUUAAUUAGAAAUGGGAAAAAUAAGAGAAUUAUAGUAUUAACGAAUGGUAUAAUCAAUCGUAAAAAGUUAUUGAAUUAUUUUACAACUUAACAAAGCAGAAUAAUGAUGAAUG